UCCACGUCCUCCUCCAAACUGAAGCUGCUGACAGCUGAUUAGAAGGAGAUACUUACUACAGUAGCUUCCCACAGUCUCCAAGCAUCAUUUUCCUCAUUUUGCUGCACACAAAAUAAAAGGCUUGCACCAUGAGCAACAAAUAUGAUGUUAUCGUGAUUGGAGCAGGCAUUUCAGGUCUAACAGCAGCCAAACUUCUAGUUGAAUCUGGACAGAGUGUAGUAGUUUUAGAGGCCCGUGAAAGAGUUGGAGGAAGGACUUUUACUGUUAGGAAUGAUAAAGUCAAAUAUGUUGACCUUGGAGGAGCAUAUGUGGGGCCAACUCAAAAUCGAAUCCUACGCAUAGCCAAAGAAUUUGGAGUGGAAACAUAUAAAGUAAAUGAGGUGCAACGUCUUAUCCACUAUGUAAAGGGUAAAUCAUAUCCCUUUAAUGGCUCAUUCCCUCCAAUGCGAAACCCAUUUGUCUAUUUGGAUUACAACAAUUUAUGGAGAACGAUGGAUGAAAUGGGAAAAGAGAUACCCAAUGAAGCUCCAUGGAUGGCACCUCAUGCAGAAGAAUGGGACAAGAUCACAAUGAAAGAGCUUAUUGACAAGAUUUGUUGGACAAAUGCAGCCAAAAGGUUUGCAACACUUUUUGUGAAUGUCAAUGUGACCUCGGAGCCUCAUGAAGUUUCAGCGCUGUGGUUCCUGUGGUAUGUGAAGCAGUGUGGGGGAACAACGAGAAUAUUUUCAACGUCUAAUGGUGGGCAGGAAAGAAAAUUUGUUGGUGGAUCCGGACAGAUAAGUGAAAAGAUAGCAGACCACCUUCAAGGUCGGGUGAAGCUUCAAAGACCUGUAGUGCUUAUUGAUCAGACAGGAGAAAAUGUUCUUGUGGAAACUCUAAAUCAUGAAAAAUAUGAGGCCAAAUAUAUUAUCAGUGCCAUUCCACCUGCCCUAUGUCUGAAGAUUCACGUUAAGCCUGACUUACCUCCUCUAAGGAACCAGCUGAUUAAUCGUGUACCAAUGGGAUCAGUCAUAAAGUGCAUGGUGUACUAUAAAGAAGCCUUUUGGAGAAAGAAAGAUUAUUGUGGAAGCAUGAUAAUUGAGGAUGAAGAUGCAGCAAUUGGACUGACUCUUGAUGAUACCAAACCUGAUGGAACUGUUCCAGGCAUAAUGGGAUUCAUUCUUGCCCGAAAAUCAAGAAGGCUGGUUCAUCUCACAAGAGAAGAGAGGAAGCAGAAAAUCUGUGAACUGUAUGCAAAAGUACUUGGAUCAGAAGAAGCUCUACAUCCAGUGCAUUAUGAAGAAAAGAACUGGUGUGAGGAACAGUAUUCUGGAGGCUGUUAUACGGCUUAUUUCCCGCCUGGAAUCCUAACACAGUAUGGAAGAGUUCUUCGAGAGCCUGUUGGACGGAUCUUCUUUGCUGGCACGGAAACUGCCACUGAAUGGAGUGGAUACCUGGAAGGAGCUAUCCAAGCUGGAGAAAGAGCUGCCAGAGAGAUCCUUUUUAAAAUGGGCAGAAUUUCAGAGUGUGAUAUAUGGAUGCCAGAGCCACCAUCAGUGGAUAUUCCAGGCCUGCCAAUAACUACUACAUUCUGGGAGCGAAAUCUACCUUCUGUGCAGGGUUUGCUAAAACUCAUUGGAUUUUCAACAUUGUUGACAUCAACGGCAGCCGUAGGCCUACUGGUGUAUAAAAAGGGACUACACUGUCAUAAUUAAAAAUCUUUUUUUAAGUCAUUUAUCAAUUCGAUGUUCAACUCCAGAGAUGAGAUAAUUUCAUGUACAGUCAUAUCUACCUUAUCUAAAUACAUUUAUUGCAAUUUGACCAAGUGUGAAAAUAAUUUUGGGUAUUUCUUUUUUAUAUUCAGUUUAGAGCAGCAUUACUUAAAAACUGAUUUUUUUAAACAAUAAUUUGGUUGGUCAGUUUUCAAAUACUGACAUUUUCUAAGAUUUUGUUUUAAAAAAUAUCAACGAUGCGCCCAAACAAAACAUUUUAACCUCACUGGUCAAUGAUUAGUCAAAAUGGUGUGAAACAUGGCUUUAUACCUGGAGAUUGUUGUUUCCUGUAUAACUGAUUCAGAAUGGUAAAUGUGAUAAAUGUGAAAAACUUAGAGACCUACAGUAUGUGUAAAAGCUCUGCCAGUCAGCCUGGUAAAACAUGCAUGUUCCUCUUAAAACCACUGGCACUGUACCCUUGCUCUCUUGCAAUCUUUAAAAGAACAAAAUCAUCAAAAUAAAGUUUAGUUAUUUAGGUCAGUAUUUUAAACAUCAUAUUCACUUAUUUUGCUGGCAUAGGAAAGUUAAUCUCAAAGUACUAACAUUUCUAUUUAUAUAUUCUCAGGAUCGGACUGGGCCGGCCCCGGUUCUUAUGGGCCCCCGCCAGCCCAGAUCCGCUCCGUGCAUCUCUGCCUCUCUUCCUGCCACAGCAAAAAAGCAAAGUGUAUGUGCGCGCAUGCAUACAUAAGCUCCUAAUAUUGUUUUAUAUAAUGUCAGCUGUCAAAAAAACUGUUCUGUGUUUACAUCAAUCCCUGCCCUUUAGGAGCCUACUAUCAAAGUUUCCUAUCAAAUUGUGUCAACACACACACUAUGGUCAAGUUCAUCAGGAGCUCUGCCAUUUUAAGUACGCAGAGGCCCAAACAGCCCCCACAGGCCCAGUAAAUAGUGACUGUUUAUAGUGACUGUGUGGCAUUUUUAAGCAGCCCCUCUGGCAUCUGCCAGAAUAUACGAAUAGCCAGUCUGGGCCUUCCCAUAAACCCGCCUUUAUGUUUUUGUGUAGGAGGAAAUUGGAGUACAGAAAGAACAUAAAAACUCAAUGCAGAGCUAAUUCAAGUCAAGGGAUUUUGGUUUACUCUAUAGCAGAAAAUGGGAUGGAUAGCUCAUCACUAGCAAUGGGUGGAAAAGUCCCGGAUUGCCGAAAGAAAAUUAAUUUUGCCACACAACUUUCAUUUUGCUCAUCCCUGCAAAAUUCACUCGUUUUAUGAGUGGAAGAAAAGAUUCACCGAUUACCAGGAGAUACUUGUCUCCAAGCAGUAAAAAUCAUUACAUUCUUUUUCGUGAAAAUUAAAGUUAGAGCUAAACUCCAUGGAAGAUUUUGUAGGAUGGUGUUGGAUCAACAAAAAUGCAUCCUACAAAGUCGGAUUUGGGUCAAAAUAUAGUGGGAUAGAUACAAAAAUCUGAUACGACUGCUGCAUCUUUAGGGUAGAACUCCAUGGGCAGUUUUAGCACAAUCUGACACGCUGCACAAAAACGCAGGCGUCAAGGCGCAAGCCUUGGAUGAUGUUGCAUCAUUUUUCCGCCGCAACACGACUGGCAGAUGCAAAUGCAGCGUGCAUCAUCUACAUCCGGCAGUCGUGUUGCGGUGGAUUGACGAUGCAACACCAUCCAACGCCUGCGCCUUGACGCCUGCUGUAUUGUGCAGUGUGUCAGAUUGUGCCAAAAAAAAUUGCCAAAAGUAGCAUCACAUGAACGCUGCAACUUCAUCCAAAAUUUCCAUCUCUUACCUUAUUUUCAUUGUAUCCGACUUAACGUCAACGCCUCAAUGUGCAAUUUGACUGCACAGGACAUUCCUACUUUCUUGCUGAGAAAUUACACCUUAAAAUUUCCACAUCAUUGCCUCCACAUUCCACCUCUUAAUGUGCAGGCAACGUCACUUCUAGUACAAUGAGCUCUCUGCUGCAGCUGGGAAAAAUGGCUUAGCAUAUUUUAAAUAUGGUGCUAAAUGCUGAAUGGCUUUCUGUGCAUCUGGACCUAAAUUGUACACGUUCCAUUAUGAUUAAUGCAACGCCCAGUCCUGGUUUCUUAAACGCACAUCAGAAAGAGACAUUGUACCUGUUGUAGGGUAGAAUGAUUACAUGCACCGUAUAAUAUGCACAAAUAUUAUAUAUUAUUACAAAUAUACUAUAUUCCAAAGUAAAUGAAUGAAAAUCACUGAUUGUAUUCCAAAUAUAUCUAUACAGUUACUUAAUAGGGGUCUGCUUAUAUGACAAGAGCAUACAUGACGAUUCCCCAAUGCUUUUUUCUUGUGACAUGAACUACAACAUAUUCUACUAGUCUCUGAACCUACUUGAAUAUAACUUCAAUAUUACUCUCUUUCUUAUUUUCUUGUGCAAGUGAGAGACGUACAUUUUCAGUGUUUCGGAGUGCAUGAAAUUACAUUUUACCCAAUAAUUUGUUAAGUACAUUAUUGUAUUCUCUGUGACCAUUGGAACAUACCAAAUGAAGACACAUGAUGUGGUGUGACCGACAUUUAUAGGUUUUAUGUAUCUGUGAUUAAUACUAUGCCUUCAUAAAUAAUUAGGAAUUA